UGACCCGCCCUCCACUAGCGCAGGUGCAACCUCCUCUAAACCCUCGAAGCAACCCGUCUAGUUUGUCCCUGCGGCCCUCCCGUACGCGGCACCGAGGCUCAGCGCGUCCCUCUCAGCCACGUUGUUAUGGCUGCGGGUGGUGGUGGGAGCUCAGCCUGCGAGGGCCUGCGGUACGCAGAGUACUCGCUGCCCUCCAGCAAACGGCCGGACUCGGAGAUCGAUCAAGGACUGGCAAGAAGCCUGAUAGCUGUAGGACUGGGUAUUGCAGCUUUUGCAUUUGCAGGUCGCUAUGUAUUUCAGAUCUGGAAACCUCUACAACAAGUCAUCACAGAAACUGCAAAGAAGAUUUCAACUCCUAGUCUUUCAUCCUACUAUAAAGGAGGAUUUGAACAGAAAAUGAGUAGGCGAGAAGCUAGUCUUAUUUUGGGUGUAAGCCCAUCUGCUACUAAGGCCAAGAUUCGAACUGCUCACAGAAGAAUCAUGAUUCUGAAUCACCCCGAUAAAGGUGGAUCUCCAUACUUAGCAACCAAAAUAAAUGAAGCAAAAGACUUGCUAGAAGAAACCUCCAAACACUGAUGCUCAAGGACUGCUCUGAAGGGAAAAAGCAGGGGGGUUAAAAACAAAGUCUAGCAAAUUUUCAAAACCACCACUGUCCUAAUUUUCAUACACGUGCUAACGAUAAAUAAUUUAUUCACUGUUAAGUGGUAUAAUAAAAGAUUAAUAAUC